AUGUUUUCCUCUCUCUUCUUUUUGCCUUCUGCCUUCCAUUUUGUUCUUACAUUUCUCUCUCUCUCUCUCUCUCUCUCUUCCUUUCUUAGCCUAAUGGUAUUUACCCCCAAACUGCCUGAUAUUUCCAUCUCCAUUCUUGUUCCAAACUCUUCAUGUUUAUUGUCUGACCUCCAUGCCAAACAAAUUUGGACAUUCCCUGCUCUGAGUUUCCUACCUUUCCCUCCCUCUCUCUCUCUCUCUGUCUGGCAUUCUUUCCUUCUCUCAUAUCUUUCUCUAUUUUCCUCUUCUAUUUUUUCCUCCCUCUGCCUUGUCAUUCUGUGUUUUUUUUCUUAUUUCUUUAACUGUUUUCAUGUCUUUCACUCUCUCUCCCUCUUUUUUCAUGACACCUAUUUCUUUCUCCUCUCUUAUAAAUUUUUUCUUUCCUCACGUUUUUCCUACUCAUCUCUCUCUCUCUCUCUCUCCUUAACUCGCUUUCCAAAUUCAUCUCUCUCUUUGGUCCCACUUCCUAGCUUGCAUCUUCCUAUCUAUCAUCUUCAUUUCUUUCUUUCUUCUCACUAUCUUUCCUCCCUUUCUUCUUGCACGGUUUACUUCAUUUUUACCUCUUUCAACUUUUUCUUCCUUUCUUCUCCCUCUCUCUCAGCUAUUCUUUUUCCUUUUUUCUUUCUAUUUUCUUCUCUUCCAUUUCCUCUCUCUCUCUCUUUCCUUCAUUCCUCUUCUCUCUCUCUUUCCUUCAUUCCUCUUCUCUCUCUCUUUCCUUCAUUCCUCUUCUCUCUCUCUUUCCUUCAUUCCUCUUCUCUCUCUCUUUCCUUCAUUCAUCUUCUCUCUCUCUUUCCUUCAUUCAUCUUCUCUCUCUCUUUCCUUCAUUCAUCUUCCAUCUUUCUCAUUCAUCGUCUCUCUUUUUCUCUCUCCUUCAUUCCCCUUGUCUUUCUCUCUCCUUCAUUCCACUUGUCUUUCUCUCUCCUUCAUUCCACUUGUCUUUCUCUCGCCUUCAUUCCACUUGUCUUUCUCUCGCCUUCAUUCCACUUCUCUCUCUAUUCAUUCCUCUUUUUCUCUUCAUUCCCUUUCUCUCUCCAUUCUCCUUCUCUCUCUCUUCUCCAUUCCCUUCACCCUCUCUCUCUUCUCUCUUUAUCUUUGUGCACUCUCUUUCUCUCUUCUCCAUUCCCUUUGUGCAUUCUCUCUCUUCAUUCUUCUUCUCACUUUCUCUCUCUUAAUUCCAUUUUCUCACUCUCUAUUCUUCAUUCUCCUUCUCUCUUUUUAUUCCCCUUCUAUCUCCCUCUCUGUUCUUCACGCCCUUUCUCUCUCUCUCUCUCUCUCUCUUCUUUACCCCUGACCCUACCCUCCUAUCAUUCUGAUUUAUGA